AUGAUCUCCUCUGGCUUAGCUCUGGCACCUCCAGCCAAGAACGUGGUGGUGUAUCGCAACGGUGACCCCUUCUUCCCGGGGAGGAAGAUUGUCGUGAACCAGCGGCAGUUCUUGACCUUUGAGGCGUUUCUGAAUGAGGUGACCAAGAGCAUUCACGCGCCCUUGGCUGUGAGGAACCUCUACACGCCCAGGCACGGGCACCGCGUCGCUGAGCUGGGGGACCUGCAGGACGGGCGCCAGUAUGUGGCUGCGGGCUUCGAAAAGUUCAAAAGGCUCAACUAUUCAGGUCACGGAAGGAAGGAGCUCCGUGGGACAAGGAACAGCGAGGGUCUGCAGUUCCACACUGUAGCUCCCUGGAAGUCGAACGUCUUGGCGCGAUGGCAGAAGCACGCCCACCUGCCCUGCACGAUACAUGUUUUCCGGAAUGGUGAUUUGCUGAGCCCUCCUUUCCCACUGCCGCUCUCCAAGAGCUCCCCGCUGCAGUGGGACGCACUCCUGGCCACGCUGACAGAGAAAGUCAAGCUGCGCAGCGGAGCUGUUAACAAGCUCUGCAGGCUGGACGGAACCCAGGUGUCCGGUGGGGAGGAGCUGGUGAAUGGCGAUUACUAUGUGGCCGUAGGAAAUGAGGAGUACAAAAAACUGCCUUACUUUGAGCUGCUGGUGCCCCAGGAUUCUGCAUGCAGGACGCUGUGGAACCACCCAAACAGCAGGCGCAAAAAAUACCGCAGAACGCUGGACAGUCGCAGGGUGCAGACAACAGGAGCUGCAGAGAAAGACAAGAUCCCAGCUGCUUUUCCACAACUGCAAAGGCAAGCCAGGAAAUCUCGCCUCAAAGAGGAAGAGUCCCUUUUCCAUGCUAAACCUGUCCGUGCAGGACAAAACAGAGGGAGCAACAGGAAUGCGCAGCACUGGCCUGAUCGAGAAGAAAGUGUCUAUAAAACCAGAGAUCCCAGGAAGGAGAUGCGAGGUGCCCAGGAAGUAAAAGAGGACGAACGCACAAGGGCGGAGGUACCCAUUGAUCAGGUGUGA